AUGGAAAGUUAUAAAGGAUUAAAUUUUGUUGAAAACAAUUUAGGUAAUAAGAUAUAUUCUGAAAAAGAAAAUUGCAAAAUAAAAUUGAAUAGAAAAGAAGAUGAGGAUUUUACUUAUUCAACUUAUGAGCAUGUAGAAACAGAAAUCGAAAAAUGUGCUGAUGGGAAUAUUGUUUGUAAUAAAAAUAAAAGGAUAUAUGAAAUUAUGGUAGAGAAAAUAAAAAAAGAAAAAAAACUAGGAGUAUUAAUUGUAGGAAUUGGUGGAAAUAACUCCACGACAUUACUAGGUGGUAUUUGUGCUAAUUCAAAAAAUUUAACAUAUAUAAAUAAAUGUGAUUUAAAAAAAGCAAACUAUUUAGGAAGCGUUUUUUUAUCAUCUAAUAUUAGAUUAGGUUAUGAUAAAAAGGAAAGAGAACAUGUAUAUUGUCCAAUUCGUAAAUUAAUAGAAUUAUAUGAUCCUAAAAAUAUAGUGUAUGGUGGUUGGGAUAUAAACAAUUUAAAUUUAAAAGAUUGUCUAAUUAGAAAUAAAGUUUUUGAAAAUGACUUAAUUGAAAAAAUAAAAAAUGACUUAGAUUAUAUUCCUUUAAAAAGUGUUUACUUUAAAGGUAAUUUCAUAUCUAGUAAUCAACAAAGUAGAGUAAAUAAUAUAUUAAUUGGAAAUAAUAAGCUGGAUAUAUUAGAAAAAGUUCGAGAUCAAAUAAGAAAUUUUCAAAAAGAUAACAAUUUAGAUGAUUUAAUAGUACUAUGGUCAGGCAAUACAGAAAAAAAUAUUCCAAAUAUUGAAGGAGUAAAUGACACAAUAGAAAAUAUUUUAUAUGCAUGUAAAAAUAAUCAUCCAUCUAUUUCUCCAAGUAUCAUAUAUGCCUUAGCUUCAGUUUUAGAAAAUAUCCCUUUUAUUAAUAGUAGUCCUCAAAAUACCUUUGUAAAUGCAAUAGUUCAAUUAGCAAAACAAAAAAGAGUUUUUAUUAUUGGAAAUGAUUUAAAAACAGGUCAAACUAAAAUUAAAAAUUUUCUUCUAGAUUUUUAUUUUAGUACAGGUCUAAAACCAAAAAGUAUAGUUUCCUAUAAUCAUCUAGGAAAUAAUGAUGGAAAAAAUUUAUCAUCUAGCCUUCAAUUUUAUAGUAAGAAAAUUUCAAAGAGUAAUCUAAUAUGUGAUUAUGUGAAAGCAAAUGAACAAUUAUAUGAUGAUGAAAUAACUGAUCCUGUUUUUAAACAAAACAAGGAAUGUAGUCAUGUAGAUAGUUUGAAUGAGGCAUGCAAUCAAAAUUUAGAAAAUGAGAAUGAAGUUUUCGACGGGGAAUAUAUUGAAAAACAAAAAGUAAAUAGUGAAAUUGUUAUUAAAUAUGUUCCUUAUGUUGGUGAUGAUAAAAAAGCAAUAGAUGAAUAUAUCAGUGAAAUUUUUAUGAAUGGAAAAAAUACAAUUGUUUUAUAUAAUAUCUGUCAGGAUUCACUUUUAGCUUCUCCUAUAUUAAUAGAUUUAAUUCUUUUAGUAGAACUCUCACAAAGAGUUUAUUUUAAAUGUAAUGAAGAAAAAGAAGUUGGAGAAGAAAUAAAUGCUAGUAUAAAAAUAGAUGAUUAUCAAUUGUCCCAUAAAAUAUUAAAACCAAAAUAUAUUAACUAUAAACAAAUGGAUAGCGUGUUGUUUUUGUCUAGUAUAUUUUGUAAAUCUCCAUUUAAUUCAGAUACAUAUAAAACAAGACAUUCAUUUUUUUCUCAAUUAGAAAGUUUAAGUAAUUUUAUUAGAAUUAUUUCUGGUUUACCAAUAGACGCACAAAUAGAUUUGCCAUAUAUGGUAUAA